CGUGGGUGUGAAUGAGCGCCCUGCGGGGAGGCCGGCCGCCGGGGGAGCUAGAUUCAGGCACAUGCAAUGUGCAUGUGCAUGGAAUCUCUGGUCCCUUCCGCAAGGUUUUGCUGCCCACAUCAGAAUUGCGCAUGCCCAUUGCGGCAUGAUUGCCCACUCAAGUUCAGCGAGAGCACAUCCCUGUGAGCCCUGCUGAUCCGCUGUCGAUCAGUUUGAUUCAGCUCACGGGCAAGCAAUAGCUUGCAGAGGAAUGCUCCUCAAGGCGGAUGCGAACCAUACCAUUGUGUGAGAAGGGUGGGCGACGGAAGGUCGUCGAUGGAGGGCAGAUGGAGUGACAUUGCACGCUCACGCUACGCACCUGGAGCGGCUGACAACUGGGCUCUCAGGCCAAGUCACUACUGGAAAGAGGCCAUGUCAAUUCCCUGGGUAGCAAAGCAUACGCUUCUGAUCGCACGCUUGGUUGCAGUGCAAACUCAUCAUCCUCACCAGCCCCAUCAAAACUUCCAGCAGAAUGCCACUCGCGAGGUUCGCAAUCAUGGUCAUGGCCCAUUUCAAGCACUUGCUGUUCAGGCGGCUGAGGCUGCUGCUGGCUUUUCAAAGCUUCCUUGGGCAGAGAUGAGCAGUGUCAAGAAAGGGGUGUCAGCGGCCCUGGCAUGUCUGGCAGUGGUUGUUCCGAUGGGAGAUCUGAGGGUUUUGGAAAGUGACGUCCAGGAGGCUCUCAGUUGUCUCGCCUCAGAAAAGGGCCUGACAGCUACGGCAGAGGGAAAAGUGGUCGAGCCAAUGACAAAGCUUGAGUUUGAGUCUGUUAUUUGCGAUGGGAGUGGUGCCGACUGCAAGAUAUUGCUUGGAGUCGGCCAUCGCAGCAAGAGUCUCCUGAGGAUGAAGAACCUGAGGAUAUAUGCAUUUGGCUUAUAUGCUGACCCAAACCUGAUCCGCUCUCAAUUUGGUUCCAAGUAUAAGGGAGUAUCUCCAGAGGACUUGAGGAACAACCCGCAAUUCUACCAAGAUGUGUUGACGCACGAGUGCGAUCUGACCGUUCGGUUGAUCGUGCACUUCAAGGGCUUGACCAUGGACAAAGUGAAGGAGGCGUUCGAAGGCUCUUUGAAGAGGCGCCUUUUCAAGAUUACUGGCCGGGAGGAUCAUGAAGAGUUGGUCAAGUUCUCAAGUUACUUCAACAAGCCCAUGAAAAUCAAGAGGGGAACAACGAUCGACUUUCGAUGGCAUCCUGGGGGCAAGCUCUCCACCAGAAUUGCAGGGAAACAGAUUGGCGUCAUCGAGAGUGGGGUGUUCUGCAAGGCUUUCUUUGAUAUGUACGUAGGAGAUCCGCCUGUGCUGCAGUCCGCAAAGGAGGAAUUUGGUGCCAAUCUAGCUCGAGUUCUGUCUUGUUAACGAUGCAAGUUUACUGCCACCAAGGAGCGCCUUCUGGUAGUACGGUUUACCCUCGAGUACAUAUUGCAAGAGCGCGGAUCUUAAGGAACGACAAUGCGAGAGCGCAGGCCGGAUCAGAUAUCACAGAGAUUUUGGCAAACGGGCAGAGAAGCUCGUCAGGGGCGGCACCGACGCAAGCGUUCCAAGCUGUACAUUGAACAAUGUUCUGCGCAGCAGAAGUCCAUGCAUUCAACCCCACAAGCAACCUAUGGUGGGUAUCGGCGGUCUCGAUCGCGCGACGAUCCGGU